AUGCCAGGUAGAGGCCGCCUAUUAUCCAUAAUAUCCGUCUUCCUCCUCUUUAUAAGCCUCGUCCUCUUCAUCCAGGCCCAGCAGAUACCUCUUCUUCAACACAACAUUCAGGAAUUUGACAACUCUUACUCCCAAGGCCUCAACACGCAGCACAUACCAACCCCAAACAACACCAUGGGCGGAGGACCAGUAACAAAAGGCUACCGAAGCGUGGCGUACUUCGUCAACUGGGCCAUCUAUGGACGCAAACACUUCCCGUGGGAGCUACCAGUCGAGAACCUCACCCAUGUCCUUUAUGCAUUUGCCAACGUCCGGCCCGAGUCGGGUGAAGUCUACCUGACUGACAGCUGGGCCGACUCGGAAAUCCACUGGGAUGGUGACAAAUGGGAGGACGGCCACAAGCUCUACGGUUGCCUCAAGCAACUCAAUCUUCUCAAGCGGCGGAACCGCAACUUGAAGAUACUCCUCUCCAUCGGCGGCUGGACCUACUCCUCCAACUUUAGACAGCCAGCAUCGACACCCCAGGGCCGAGCCAACUUUGCCAAGUCAGCCGUUAAGAUUUUGAAGAACUACGGCUUCGACGGGCUCGACAUCGACUGGGAGUACCCACAGAACGCCUCAGAGGCGUCCGACUGGGUGGCCCUGCUCAAGGCCUGCCGGGAGGAGAUGGAUGCCUACGCCCGGACACUACCCCCGGAGCCAGGCCAUGGCGGCCCGCACCACUUCGAGCUGACCGUGGCCUGCCCUGCGGGCCCCCAGAACUAUGAGAAGCUGGACCUGCGCGGCAUGGACCGGUACCUGGACUUCUGGAACCUCAUGGCUUACGACUACGCCGGGUCUUGGGACCAGGUUGCAGGCCACCAGGCGAACCUGUACCCCAACCGGGCCCACCCCAACACCACGCCCUUCAGCACCGCCAAGGCCCUGGAGCACUACACGCGGCACGUGCACCCGUCCAAGAUCGUGGUGGGCAUGCCGCUGUACGGGCGCGCGUUCGAGAACACGGACGGCGUGGGGCGGCCCUACAACGGCAUCGGCGAGGGCAGCUGGGAGCGGGGCGUGUACGACUACAAGGCGCUGCCGCUGCCCGGGGCGCGCGAGUUCUACGACCACGACAGCGGCGCCAGCUACAGCUACGACCCGGCCCGCAAGAUGAUGGUCAGCUACGACACCUUGCCCAUGGCCAGGGACAAGGCCGGCUACAUCAAGAACCACGGCCUCGGCGGCGGCAUGUGGUGGGAGAGCUCGUCGGACCGCAAGGGCAGGGAGAGUCUGAUCGAGAAUGUGGUUGACGUGUUUGGCGGGCCCAACGCGCUGCGGAGGGAUCCCAACCAGCUCGAGUGCCCCGAGAGCGAGUGGGAGAACCUGAGGAACGGGUUCAGGGAGUGA